UGUUCUAGCAUUAGGGUUCUUGGUUGCCAUAGCGAUGGAGGCGUACAAGGCGUGGGUGCGUGGCAAUCGGCAAUGGCUCGCUUCAAUCGAGAGCAUUGCUACGACCAUGACUUGGCUGCUGCCGGAGAGAUUCGCGAGCUCGGAGCUGGCUCCGGAAGCGCUGUCGACGGCGAUUGGGCUCGUCACCGUGAUGAAUCAAUAUAUUGUGGAGUCUGCCAGUCCCAAAAAUCUUCCCCCAUUCAUGCGCAGCGGCGCUGACGAUCGUGACAAAAGCAUUCCUUGGCCGAUUUUCAUCUCGAUUGUGAAAGAGCUCGAGGUGUUGGUGGAGCUGACUGCCGAGCACUAUCGCGGUCCAAAUGGGAAAUGGAGCACUCUAGCCGUCGUGGAAGCAAUCAAGGUCUUGAUCAGGCUAAAGAUUUUCCACGACAGUGGAUACAAGAUGCUCAUCGAUGGGGGAGAGACCGAGAAUCAAGAGGAGGCCUCGUACUGCGAUCCUUACGCGAGACGAGGAGCUAGAACAAGCGGUCGACCACAAAACGUUCAAGGAAAAGCUAUGGGAGCCUUGUAUAGCUUUGGAAACAGCCUCUCUGGAAGACCAUCGUGGCUACAAAAGAGGGACGCUGCUCAACAUCGUAAGAACAUCACCUCUCCUUCGUUCGAGUUCUCACUUUGGUUUCUUCUAGCUGUGCAAAGAGGCUUGCUCUCGCUUUGGAAGCAACCAGCCGCUAGGUGGUUCAUCGUCGGUGAAACUUCUCUCAUCUUGAGACCACUGAUCUACGUUUUUCUCAUCCGCCGAUAUGGACUCAAGUCAUGGAAACCUUGGCUGGCUUCACUCGCCAUAGAUCUUACGGGUUUCAGCAUCUUGUUUUUGACAGAUCAAUGGAGUAGCAAGAGUAGCAACGAGUCCUUGAUAAUUUCUCAAGGGAGUCCAUCCAGACCACUAUCAGCUGCCGAAAAGAAUGAGCUUAAGCGACGACAACUCUUGUGGGCUUUCUAUCUUCUCAGGAGUCCCUUUUUCGACAGAUACUCGAGACACCAAUUCCAAAGGAUCGGAAAGGUAGCAAAGCCUCUACCUUUGUUCGGCACCUUGGCAUCCAAGGCGAUGGAGCUGCUAGCGGGAGUCCAAAGCAUUUACUCGUACACUGCCGCGUCGUGACGAGAGAAGAACCGUAAAGAUUUAAGAUGGACCAGCGAUUGGGUUCUUAUUUUAGGGUUUCUAUGUCGAGCUCCGCGAUGAAUGAAUCCAGGCUCCACGAGAAGAGGUGGGGAUUGAUCGA